AUGAAGUUAUCGUCGUUUGCUCUGGCCUCUCUUUCGUUGGCCAUUGCCCAAGCACUGCCGCUUGCCGCUCCCGAGCAGCAAGUGCUGAACAUUGCCUCAUUUGAAGGUGCAGACCUACCGGAGGUCGACACCGCCGCUCUUCAGGCUCUCAUCACCGAAGAAGCGCUCAGAGAGAGAGCAGAGACUCUGUACGAGAUUGCCACCAAGUCGGAGAAGAAGUUUGGCCAUCCUACAAGAGUCAUUGGUUCCAAAGGUCAUUGGUCCACAAUUGACUACAUCAAGAAGGAGAUCCACAAGUUGCACGGUUACUACAACGUUUCUGUCCAGGCUUUGCCAGCUACCGUCAGCGAGACCAAUGCCUUUGAUACUUUGAUUAACGGCACCAAGCCUGAGUCUCUUACCGACUUUAGCCUCAGUCCUCCUACUCCUAACAAGGACUUUGUCACUGGCCCUCUUGUUGUUGUUGCUAACAACGGAUGCGACUUGUCUGACUUCCCAGAAGACACCAGUGGUUCUGUUGUUUUGAUCAAGAGAGGUGUUUGCACUUUCACCCAGAAAUCUGUCAAUGCAGGAAAGUUGGGUGCUUUGGCUUCCAUCAUCUACAACAACGAGGACGGAGAAGUUAGGGGCAGUCUUGGAGGUGCUCCACCAGAUGCUGUUGUUGCUCCAACUGUUGGUAUUUCCAAGAAGGACGGCGAGAAGUACGUUUCUCUGUUGUCCCAAGGUCCUCUGUCUGCUUCCGUUUUGGUUGACUCUUACAUUGCCACCAUCAAGACCUUGAACGUUAUUGCAGAGACUGUUGACGGCGAUGGUGACAACAUUGUUAUGCUUGGCGCUCACUCCGACAGUGUCACUGCUGGUCCUGGUAUCAACGACGAUGGCUCUGGAACUAUCUCUCUUUUGGAAGUUGCCAAGCAAUUGACCAAGUUCAAGGUCAACAACAAGGUGAGAUUUGCAUGGUGGGCUGCCGAAGAAGAGGGACUCAUUGGAUCCAACUACUAUGCCGAGCACCUGUCUCCAGAAGAGAACCAAAAAAUUAGAUUAUUCAUGGACUACGACAUGAUGGCAUCUCCUAACUACGAAUACGAGGUGUACAACGCCUCCAAUGCUCUCAAUCCUGUUGGAUCCGAGGAGUUGAAGAACCUUUACAUUGACUACUACGAGUCCAAGGGAUUGGACUAUGUUUUGAUUCCAUUUGACGGCAGAUCCGACUACGUUGGAUUUAUCGAGAAUGGAAUUCCAGGUGGAGGAAUUGCUGCUGGUGCAGAGAAGAAGAAUGCGUUCAACGGUGAGGUCUUGGACCGUUGCUACCACAGCCUUUGUGACGAUGUGAGCAACCUUGCGUUUGAUGCUUUCCUGAUCAACACCCAACUGAUUGCUCACUCGGUGGCCACUUACGCCAAGUCUUUGGCCGACUUCCCUGUUAGACAAAAAAGUGCCAGUGUGAUGGCCGAGACAGCCAACAACUUCAAGUACCGUGGCGGUCAACUAGUCAUUUAA